AACAACGUCUGGGCAGAGGAACGCGACCAAUAUGUCUACUCUCCAGGGCACGCCUUUCAGUUUGAAUUGUUGAUGUAGGACGCUCACGCCCCACGAUUAUCAGUUGCGGAUUUGCUGCUCUCCUCUGGCUAAAUCUGUCCCGCCAGCCAAUGCAGCUAUACUAGAGGCCUCUGCCUGUACUUCCUGCGUAUGUUAUAAGUUUACAGUACAUAUCAGCUCAUUUGUGUUCAGGCACGCUAGUUGCUACUUUCACCAGAUGCACAAGUAUCGGCUGGUGUGUCCAGAUGACUCAUCAGGAGCAGCAGGAGAUCCUGUUUAGGGAGAGCCUGGAGGCAGCUAUGUCCUGGAUGAAGGCCGUCCAGGAGCGGCUCCGGCUCAACGACAACACCCUGGGCCCCCGGGCCGCCCUGGAGGCCAGACUCAGAGAGACAGAGAAAAUCCACCAGUCGGAGCACGAGGGUCAUUUGAAGUUUGACAAGGUGCUUGUGGCUGCAGAGGUCUUACUGCAGAACGGUAACCAGGAGACGAGGAACAUCACCCAUGCCAGACUCAAAGAACUCAAAGCAUUAUGGGAGGAGACCUGCACCUACAUCAUCCACUGCCACAGCCGUAUAGAGUGGGUGUGGCUGCACUGGAGUGAGUACCUGAAGGCCUAUGAGGAGUUUGAGAUGUGGCUGGUCAGCGUGUGUCGCAGUCUGGAGCCGGAGGUGGAGCUGCAGCUGGGGGUGAAGGAGAAAUUGUGGCAGGUAGACAACCAGCGCGUCCUGCUGAGUGACGUCCAGAACCAGGCACUGUUGCUGGAGAGGCUGGUGGACGAGGCUGCAGCGCUGAACAACCGCAUCCAGGAUCCCAGUGUGGACCAGGAAGCACAGGAGAGACUCCAGCUGGUCUAUAACAGCAUACGGGACAAGGCUGAUGAGAGGCUGUCGGUGCUGCAGAAGAUGGCUGAAGAGCACCAGAUGUACCAGAGAGACGUCCUGAAGUUUCAGGCCUGGCUGGUGUCCAAGACUAAGGAGCUCAACAACCUCACUGAGACAGAGGACACAGCCGAGAACAAACUCCGAGCCCUACAGACCCUGGAUGACAACGUGGCCAGUGAGGAGAGGACGCUGCAGCACAUUGAGGUCAUGGCGGAGGCAGUGCGGGCCAACACGUCCCCCGGGGGGGCAGAUGUGGUGGUGGAUGAAGCAGAGGAGCUGCGUCUGGACUGGCAGAGGCUGAGACAGAGCCUGUGUGAGGCCGGAGAGAGCCUGAAGAGCAGCCUGGAGUCUCAGAGCCAGUACCAGAGCCGCUGCCAGCAUCUAGGGGAGGACAUCGGGCAGCUCCGGGGCCUGCUCCACAGACUGACCAGAGACCUGGAGACAGCCAGGGAGGGAGACAGGACCAGAGACCUGGAGACAGCCAGGGAGGAAGACAGGACCAGAGAUCUGGACACAGCCAGGGAGGGAGACAGGACCGGAGACCUGGAAACAGCCAGGGAGGGAAACAGGAUUGAGGAACAGAUGGUUGGGCAGUGGAGGAAAUACAUGAACAUCCGGAAUACUUUAUUGGCAGAGGAAUCCCAGGCGGAGCGCCUCAAGGCCCAGCUUAAAGAACUCUUCCGCUUUCCCCAAGAUUCCCAGCAUCUCUCUGACGACGUCCUGGCUGUGGUGAAGGAACAGCAGAGUGUGAAGUGUCGUGCUAUGAAGCUAUGUGUGGAGUCAGAGUUGGGGCUGAGACAAGUGCUGCAGGACCCUUUGCAUGGAUUCUCUCAGUGGAGUCAGGUUGUCUCUCAAGUGCUGGAGUCUUCUGCUGAAGUGUCUGAGUUCUCACACGUCGCCAUGCUGGUGCAGAACAUCCAGAGGUUGCUGAAGCACAGUCUGCAGCUGCAGGAGCAGUUGCAUUUGAUGCUGUUGAAGAGAGAUCUGCUGUGUUCAGUGUUCGGCUCAGACAGUGCAGAGAGUCUAAUGACAGCGCUCAAUGACACCGUGAGGAAAAGGGAGUUACUGCACAACCAGCUGCUGCAGAGGAAAGCAAGACUGCAGGGUUUGAUCUCAAGGACAAAGGACUUUGGGGACGCCUGCAAGUCAAUCAGGAACAAGCUGACCCUGCUGAGAGAGAGACUGAUCUCAUCAGACAGCCUCCAGCCAGACAUACUGGCCAAGAAGAGCCAGUCAGACCAGCAACGGGUGAUCAAGAAGGACUUGGAGGACUGUGAGGCCCACAUCACAGCUUUGGAGACUCUGGUGUCGUCUAGCUCUGCUAACAGGACACAGUUUGAGAGGCUUUACGGGGACUGGAGAAUCCUUUACAAGUCCGUCAGGGUAAAGGUGAAGGAGAGUGAGGAGAGCAUCGGGGGGCACGAGAGUUUCCACGUGAGCCUGCUAAACGUGGAGAAGUGGUUGAUGAUUAUGAGGCAGAAGCUGGAGUCCUACCGCAGUUCUACUGGGGAGUGGAGCUUGGACAACAGACAGCAAGAGGCUGAGAGGGCACUAGGUGAGUUCCCAGAGAAGGAACUGCAGCUGCACCAGACAGAGGUUCAGGGCCAGGGGGUGCUGGACAGGACCUCUGAGGAGGGCCGGGUGCACAUCCUCAGGGACAUGAAGCACCUGAGGGAGUCCUGGAUGGCCCUCCAUGACCUCAGCCUCAACCUCUUCAGGCUGCUGAAUGGGCACAGCUCUGAGGACCCUGACUUAGACACCCAGAGGGAGAGGGUGAGAGGCCAGGCUGGGGAGAGGCCAGGCCCAGGCAGGGAGCUCUUUCCUGGGGAGGGAGGAGACAUGAUUAAGGGUAGUGGCUCCAGCAGCAGUAGGGAGGGUGCUCCAGAGAGAUCCCCAGGAGAGGGCCAUGGGGUCUGGCUCUCUCAGAGCUCUGGGGUAGGGGCUGGGAGAGGGGUAAGAACAGGGUUAGGAGGAAGGUUGGAGCGAGGGGAAGGAGGGGAGAGUUUUGGAGCAGAAGAGGGUAUUUGGGUCGAUGGAGCGUUUGAGGGCAGUAUGGAGGUUAUGAAUCUCUCUGAACAUAGGGAGAGACAGGGCAGGGAUCGACAGACUCUUGGUCAACAACUGAGUCCUAUGACGUUAACCUUGGCAGGCAGUCAGAGACGGGGACAGGGCGGUGGGAGUGGGGACAGGGAGAGGGAAAGGGAGAAGGAGAGGGGUGGCGGUGAGCACAGCCUGGGUGUAGAGGAGGUGGACUCCUCCAUCGUUUGGAGAGGGGGGUACGGUCAGAGGGGAGAGGAGGGAACCACAGGGAUGACAUCAGGCCACACAGGGGGCAGAAGCAUCCAUGGUGGAGGAGGAUUGGUGGUGGUGGACUCUGGCUCCAGGGUUAGCGGGGUGGUGGGGGACUCUGGCUCCAGGGUUAGUGGGGUAGUGGGAGACUCUGGCUCCAGGGUUAGCGGGGUGGUGGUAGUAGAUGUGUCUGAGUCCAGCAGUAGUGGGCAGACAGAGGAGUGGGUGGAUGGGCAGAGGUCCAGAGGAAUGGCUGAAUCCCUGACCAUGGAGGUAGAUGUGGGGUUAGGGUCAGGCUCUGGGUUAGAGCACAGCAGCAGAGGCAACUACGACAAGGGAACAGGUGGAAUGAGAGACCACACUGAAGGGGGACAUCUGCGACACAGAGGCUUUUUCCCGCCUAUCAAGACCAGGAUGGAGGAUUCAGUCAUGGAUGGUCUCACUCUGUCAUUCCAGCAAGGCUCUGCUAGAAAACCCUCUGGAAGCCUACAGGGCUCAAGUCACCACACCACGGCAGAUGUUGGGGCAACCCUGAGUGCAGGGGACUAUGAGGACAGGAGGAGGGAGUUUGAGGCCUGGCUACAGAAGGAGAACGAUACACUCUCAGGGAUUCUGAGCACAGAGGGACUGCUGAGCACCAAAGAACUCAAGAUCAGGCAGAACACACUCAUGACCUUGCGGUCCAGUGUAGACUGGGGUCAGGAGCAGUUCCAGCUACUACUGAUGGCUUGGGCUGUAGCCGGGGCCAGGGCUGACCGUGGGGCUGAGGAUGUGGGCAUGGAGGAGAUACGUUAUCGCUGGAUGCUCUACAAGUCCAAACUGAAGGAUGUAGGAGACCUCAAGGCCCUGUUGACUGUCAAGCAGGGUGCUGGUGCUGCUGGCCGAGAGGAACACGCCAGGACAGCUAAGGAGAAGACUCCAGGCCUGCUGUACCGUGUGUGUCGGGUGGCCCUGCCCCUCUGGCUCCUGCUGUUGGCUCUGCUCCUCUUUGCCUUCUUCCUGCCCUGGAUGGAAGAAGCCUCCAGCUGCUCUCUGUCCAACAACUUCGCCCGCUCCUUCAACAUCAUGCUCCGUUACCACGGACCUCCACCCACAUAGGAAAGGAGAUAUAGGAUUAUGAAGACCAUUGCUCUUCACCCUCAAUCCAUUCUGUGCGUGUGUGUCAGUUUGGGUCAGUGAGUGUGUGUCAGUGUGUGAAUGUGUUUCUGCUGUAGGUGUCAGUGUGUGGGUGGGUGACCUCAGCUGUUCUCACACAGUCAGGCCAAUUCAACUCCUCUAUCACACAGGCUGGCAGCACUUCACAGAGAACAGCACUCCACACUCCUAUUCACACGACUACAGUAGCUAAUGGCCACCAAACACUUAGCAUAAUGUUGGAGUAGUGAGCGGAGGUGAUGUGGGAUAAGGAGGUGGAUUUUUAUUGCCUUUAUUUAAGGGGUGAAAUGAUGCUUACAUGGUCUUAGAUAACUUAGAUAACUAACUGAGUGUGAUCUGUCAUAUACCAAAAAUACCUAUCAUGGUUUGCUGCCAUUUUAAAGAAUGGUGUGGAUAACACUUUUUUAAACUGCCUUUAACCCUGAUAAAUAACAUGAUGCUUUUUUAAACUGCCUUUAACCCUGAUAAAUAACAUGAUGCUUUUUUAAACUGCCUUUAACCCUGAUAAAUAACAUAAUGCUUUUUUUAAACUGCCUUUAACCCUGAUAAAUAACAUAAUGCUUUUUUAAACUGCCUUUAACCCUGAUAAAUAACAUGAUGCUUUUUUAAACUGCCUUUAACCCUGAUAAAUAACAUGAUGCUUUUUUAAACUGCCUUUAACCCUGAUAAAUAACAUAAUGCUUUUUUUAAACUGCCUUUAACCCUGAUAAAUAACAUAAUGCUUUUUUUAAACUGCCUUUAACCCUGAUAAAUAACAUAAUGCUUUUUUAAACUGCCUUUAACCCUGAUAAAUAACAUGAUGCUUUUUUAAACUGCCUUUAACCCUGAUAAAUAACAUGAUGCUUUUUUAAACUGCCUUUAACCCUGAUAAAUAACAUAAUGCUUUUUUAAACUGCCUUUAACCCUGAUAAAUAACAUGAUGCUUUUUUAAACUGCCUUUAACCCUGAUAAAUAACAUGAUGCUUUUUUAAACUGCCUUUAACCCUGAUAAAUAACAUAAUGCUUUUUUAAACUGCAUUUAACCCUGAUAAAUAACAUAAUGCUUUUUUAAACUGCCUUUAACCCUGAUAAAUAACAUGAUGCCUUUUCUUCUUGGAUGAGUGUAAGAUGUUUUUAGAGCUUUAUUUUGAACCUGUACAUGAUGCCUGUUGCACAGAUGACCUUUAUCAAUUGUAGCACUGAGUUAAUGACAGCCUAGCGCUUCAAAGAUCAGGAAUAGUUGACAUUCUAGAUGCAGGAUGUUCUAUCAUGAGUCAACUCAAAUCUAACACAUACCGAUGAUGAUUAAGCAAGUCAGUCAGUAAUGGUAUACAGGAUGUCCCACUUCUGACUGUCCAAAUAUACGUCCUACUUGUACUGUACUGUAUUGUACUGUACUGUACUGUACUGUAUUGUACUGUACUGUACUGUAUUGUACUGUACUGUACUGUAUUGUACUGUACUGUACUGUAGGCAUGUUUCAACCAUAUGCUUCCCUUUCUCAAGGUUCUAUGCUAUAUUUGAACACUUUCGUAAUGAUCCCUUGGCACAGUUAAACCGUUUGGUGAAUAUAGCAAUUAUAAAGCCUUG